CCAGGCGGCGUGUACAUGCAAGCCGAGCCUGGCGCUGUGUGCGUGUAUGUAUUUAGUUUGGUUUUCGUAGGCCCGUUCGUCGCUUUUUCGAGUUUUGAAAUUAGUAUUGAAAUCGUCGUUAGCGGCGACGGUUUACUUGAAUUUCGUCUCUCAGUCUGAAAUCGGUUCACGCUCUCUGGCGCUGUGCUGAUUUGUAAGCUCUUUUCGUGUAUUUGUUAUUUCGUGAGCGAAUGAGCGAAUGUGUUAAACAGUUGGAAACACGUCAACCUCACGGGGUUUGCAUCAACAAAUGUGUAUAUAUUUAUGCAGUUUUUUGAAGUUUUAAAGAGUGCACAACUAGAACCACAUCCAUGUUAAUGCCACGCUAUCUGGGCCUGAACGAUAGCACCACAUCGUCUGGCAACCACGGACCUGCCGCUGGCAGCUCCUCAUCUCCGCCGACGACGGUGGCCGCCCACACGAAGAUGCGUUUACUGAGCAAAGUGGAGCAGAACAUGCGUCAGAGCCAAGGUCAAAACAGCCAGAGCAAUCUGAGCGGCCAGGAAAUCAGCCACCUCCUGAGCACGGCGGCCACAGGCAAUGGCCUGGUGGGCGACGUUGACGGACUGCUGACGCCCAUGCGCAUUAAGGCGCAUCUGUCCCCACCACAUUCCACCAGCAGUCUGAGCGGGAGCUCCGGUAAGGGCGACUCCCUGCAUUCGAUGAGCUCUCGGCCAGAGCGCAACCUGUGGAGCCGGGCCGAAAUGCUGGAGAUGCUCAGCAUCAUGCAAAAUAUGAAUGCGUUGGACCAGCUGAACGACCGCAACCUGAAGAGCGAGCACGUAUUCAGACAGAUAGAGGAAAUCAUGCGAAGCAAGGGCUAUGUGAAGAAGUCCAGCAUCCAGAUCUGGACCAAGUGGAAGUUCCUCAAGUCCACAUACAACACCACCACACGGCAUGGCACCGGAGUGCCCAAAGUGGUGCCAGAGGAAGUUUAUCGCGUACUCUGCCGGAUGCUGCAGAACCAUCACGGCAGCAGCAACAACGCCAGUGCCAACCUCAGCGAGUGUGGCAAUUCGAUGGACAGCUCCAAGACCGAAGAACCCAAAGAGGAUAUCCUGGGCGUGGAACAUCCCAUAUUCGGCUUCCGUUUGGGACCCAUUAAACCAGAACCUAUCGAUACUGGCUAUGAGACCCCGCUGAAGUCAGACAUGGUAUCUGAGCCGGAUCUUGAGGGCUAUGACUAUGGAAGCAGGGAUGCGACAGAUGCCAGGCACCGCGACCAAGAGGAUGUACCCCAUAUGCCGUUUAUAGUGUCAGUGAAACACGAACCGGACAUGGAUCUGGGCAUGGAUGGCACUAAUACACCGCCACCCACAGCGCCAGCAUCGCCUUCGCCGCCACCGCCUGUGGUAUUAGAUGAAACCGAUGAUGAGCCCAUCCACGCAUCUACUCCGGAGGCACUUCCGCCAUUGCGUGUGGCAUCCUUUGCCAAAGGAGAUGAGCAGGAACGUCCCACACAUGGUAUCCUGCAGAUCGAUCGUCCGCCACCAACUCUAACUAAGAUGGGCCGGAUGAAUCGAUCACUUACGCUCCAGAGCACAAGUAACAUCAACUUCGUACAUCCGCACAGCAAGCUGAUGCUGCCUCGUAAACAGAAUGCGAGUGCCGGUCAAUCCGGACUGCGUCUUCCCAGGGAUCUUAAUGUCCAGCCGGCGGGCGGUAUGCGCAUGAAGACGGUGCCCAUGCGGGAAACGGGAUAUUCACUGCGACCGGAUCGUAUGAUUCCCGAUCUGGACCAGGCGAUGACCAGUCCACCGCAGUCCCCUUCGCCGAUGGGUUCUCUGUUGGGUCGCGGACCACCGCCAAAGUAUCCGAUAUCCGGACAACAAACGGAUGGUGCUUCCACCAGCAGACAUGCUCACAUGAUGUCCUCGCACCAACUAAAUCCUCAGCAGCUCCAGCCGCGAAAGCGUCGCUUAGGGCAGAGCCCGCCGAUGGGCAUUCCAGUGCCUGUAAAGCUGCAGCGCAGCUCCACAAUGUACGAAUCCACUCCGACGAAAGGCUUUCGAUCGCAUACUGCAAUGGGAGGGGCAGAGGAAACGAAGCGAAAGUCCAGUGAGGAGGAAUCUAAGUUACGUAAGAAGCGGCAAGAGGAGCUGUUUGCAAAGGAACUGACCGAAAUGGCUAGUGCCAUGCGAUCGGCCCAGAAGGAAAUGCUGGAGGACUUCUUCAAGCAACAGAAGGAGUUCGCGCGCCGAGAGCACGACUUCCAGAUGAAGCAGGACGCAAUUGUAAUGCGGGCCCUACGUAAACAGACGGAAGCCCUGCUGCAGAGCGCCAGCGAGCUAGUUGGUGAAGCUUCAGAGCAGGUUAAAGGCAAGCCGGAGGCUAAAGAUCAUGUCGUACCCGAGACCCAAAUGCCGUUUGAACCGGAAACACAGCUGCAAAUUCGUGAAGGCAGAGGUGGAGCUGGGGAAGCGAAUGAGUAUGACGAGGAAACUAUGCUAGAGGGAGAGGAUGAGUACGAUGAAGAAGAGGAUGGGAAUGAAGGCGAUGAGGAAGAUGACCAUGACGAUGACGAAGAUGGGGACGAGGGCGAAGACGAUGCUGACGAACAUAUGGGCGCGGAAAGCGACAUGGAAAUGCCUACACUAGCUAUAUCCGCCUCAGUUCCAAGCGAUGAGUACUCGAACCCGGCCGAAGUCACCGGCGAAGUGCAGUAGUCUAUCUCCUUCCUCAACCAUCCCAUUCUCCAUGCUAUCCCGUCUCCAAGUAUUACCCAAAAAAAGAAAAGAAAACACCAUUGUUGAUACCGAUUCAUUCCGAUCGCAUUCCUUAAGCUAUAUAUACUAUAUAGUAAAUUCCUAGAGCCAGACCCGCGCAUUGUUAAAAGACUUGAUUACAUUUAAGCGUAUUAAUACAUAAAAGAAUCCUAAAAGUAAAUUAAAUGUAUUUAUUGUUCAUCGACCGUCUAAGCCCCAAAGUGCUGUAAAGUUACUGAGACAACACACAAUAUGAUAAAUAUUACAAAUAAAUAUGUACAUAACUUGAA